AUGAGAUCCAUACCCGUAACUUCAUCUCCUCCUGUUCCGGAAGUCUUUCCAAUCUACCCUGACUUGGAAGGCAAAGUAGCCCUCAUUACCGGCAUUGGCCAGGUCGGCCCGCUGGACAGUCCCUCCUGGGGCAACGGAGCCUCUACCGCCCGCUUGCUUGCCCGUAAUGGCGUUUUCAUUUACGGCUGCGAUCUUGACCUGACUGUGGCCGAGAGAACGAAGCAACGCCUACUGGAAGAGACUCCCAAAGCCGUGGUUGAUGUCGUCGCAGCCAACGUCACUAAUCUGGCUGAUGUUGAGGCGUUGGUUACUGGCAUCAUGCAGAAGCAUGGUCGCAUCGACAUCUUAGUCAACAAUGUCGGCUGCACGACCCCUGGCAACCCAGCGACAAUGACGGAGGAGACGUGGAACCAGCAAAUGGACAUCAACCUGACUUCGGUCUACCGCCUCUGUCACUACGUAUUGCCAAUCAUGCAGAAGCAAAAGUCUGGCAGCAUCAUCAACAACGGUUCCAUUGCCGCACUCCGAUACUUGGGGAAGCACCAGAUUGCCUACGCCGCUGCCAAAGCUGCCGUCAUUCGCUUCACCAAGGCAAUCGGCGUCAUGUACGGCAAAGAGAACAUCCGCUCGAACUGCGUGGUGCCGGGCAUGAUGUAUACGCCUCUUGUGGACCAUUUCGCCCACAGCGACAAGCCUGAGGACCAGGAAGCUGCUAAGAGGAUGGUCGAUCACAACUGCCCGAUGGGAUGGAUGGGAACUGGUCAUGAUGUGGGGAACGCGGUUGUUUGGCUGGCAAGUGGUGCAAGCAGAUACGUGAACUCUCAUGAGCUCAUCGUUGACGGAGGUAUUACGGAACAUACCGGCAUGGGUUAUAAUCUCUCAGCAUGA